UGCGAGAAGAGCUUCAACUGCCAGUCGGAACUGCUGCGCCACCAGAUGAUCCACCGCGGGGAGAAGCCCUACAAGUGCAGCGAGUGCGAGAAGAGCUACAGCCGCAAGGUGUAUCUGCUGAAUCACCAGCGUGUGCACACGGGGGAGCGGCCCUUCCAGUGCCCAGUGUGUGAGAAGAGCUUCCGGCAGAAGGCCGUGCUCAUCUCGCACCAGCGCCUGCACACCGGCGAGCGGCCCUUCCAAUGCACUAAGUGCAGCAAGAGCUUCAUGCUGAAGACGAGCUUCAUUAAGCACCAAAGAAACCAUGUUGACGAGAGACACCCAAGGGGAGACCCAGCUACUAACUGCCCUGUUGGCCAUCAGGGUAAAGACUCGGGACAAGGGCUGCAGUGUUGCAUGGAGGGUGGGGAAAGCUUUAGGGGGAAGCAUAAGCUGGAAACACACCAACAGGUCUAUGCCGGGGAAGGGCCGCAUCCGUGUGGCACAUGUGGGAAAAGCUUCCGGUACAAGGAAUCCCUGAAAGAACAUCAGAGUCUGCACAGCGCAGAGCAAAGGCAGCUGGCGGUUUCUCAGUGCCCUGCACAGGGAGCAGAAGUUGGGCUCCUGGUUGUAAAGAUGGAAGAUACGUGGUAGCCAGAGGAGUUUCCACACUAGUCAGUCGGAAGGGAAGGCAGAAGGAGGAGUUGACAGGUCCCUGGUUUAGAGAGAGCUUCAGAUUCUGUGACUGGUCCUUGCAGGAAAGGUGGAAACCCCGCCCGUGGGCUUCCUUCUGUCCCCAGACUUGAAAGGGGAAGCCGGGGCACUAGCAGGAGGGGGAGGGGUGUUCUCCCUGGAGUGAAAAUGCAGCAGUGGUGCCAUGGAGACAGGCAGAGGGGAAUCAGCCUCUGCUUGGGAAAAAUCUGGAGUGAAAAUGCUGUCAAGUGGCACCAGGAAAGGAGGAACAAGGAGGACAUGAACGACUGGGAGCAGGAGAGGGACUGGUGCUCUGCAUGGAAGGCCUGUCUCUGGGCCUCACUGGUCAAUACAGAAUUGCACUUGCCUGGGAUAUAAGCUCACAUCACAAGUUCGACUCCUAGGCCCACGGCCAACGAUAAUAGGAAGUCUGGUCUGCUCUUGUUACUAAGGUAGCCCUCGCUUUCGCCUUCGCUCCCCUGGAGAACGUGUGAAUUCUCCAGUGACUCCAGCCGUGGAGGGACUUUCGAGUAAAAUAAAGAGGGGAGAUAAUGAGAGAGACCCUGAAAAAAUGGCAGACACAUAAGAUGGUAGUAGGUAGGGGUGAGGGAACAAUUUGUGUAGUGGGGUGCUGAGAGCCUUUGAACCAAACUGUUAACUUUGUAUGUGAUGGAACCACCUCAAGUCAGGGGUACAGUAGCAUCCCUAAUUCCAGCAUCUGUUAAUAUGUCAUUCCCGGAGACCUCAUGCGGGAACUACAGUGGAGAAUUACAUGGGGUGCACAUGGGGUACUUCUGCUGUUUCUUAUCAUGUAACAUAUACUGAUCUGACUGUGACUCUUAAAAUCUUAAGGUAACACUGUCAUUUUUAACUCCGAGUCAGAAGGCAGGUCCACCAUCACCAUCACCCCCACCAUCACUUCAGCCAUUUCAGGGUUUCUUCCUUAAUCUUUUAUUUUGAUGAACAUAUUGCAAUUAGCUUUGUCUGUGUUAAUCAAGGGUUAGCAGAGUCUCUUGAAUGAGCCUAGCAAUAGGAACACACACUAUAUUAUAUUGCAGUGAGCUUGCUGUUAUCUGCUACAACGUUCAGGCUAUUCUAAGUAUCAUCAAUAAGCUAAUAAAUUAUACAUACAUAGAUAUAGAAAUGGAAUUCAGACACAAUUUUCACCUUUAAAACAAUAAAAUCUUGCUUAAAGCACAUAUAAAAUCCUUUCAUUCCUGUUACAGUAGUCAUCAAAUCUUUCUAUACUUUGCUUAAAUUUAACUAUUAACACUUUUAUUUAAAAAUAGAAGAAAACCUUGUUUUACAUUACUGAAAAUCUGUUGACAAACUGCAGUCGUUAUAUAACACAUGGAAGGUUAUGAUUAUGAGGUGGGGUUUUUUUAAAUGAAUUUUUUUAAACUACUUGAGCACUGAUUUUAGAACUUUGAAACAUCUCAUUCAUGUUAUUUGUGUCAAGAUGAUUACUGCUUUUCAAGAAACAUUUAAUGGAAAUGCUGCAUACAGCCCUGAGAGCAAACUGAUACAACAGUUUUACUCCUGGGGAAAAUCUGCAUCAUUGUACAUAUGCAGAAUUCAUGGUCCCUGCAGAUUUUGUUUCCCUGCAGAAAAAUGACUUCUGACGUGGAAGGAAAGGGAAGUUGCGAGAGCAGUUGUUCCCCUUCCUUGGCAAUGCAAGUAGAUUGGUUUAGGCACCCAGAUCCGCCAGUAGAGAUGUGAAUCACCACUGAGGCAGGGGGACUGAGCAGUCAUGCAGGUGUGAGAGAGAGACCACAUCCCUUUCAUUCACUAUUGAGGCACACUUGGGGUAUGUCUAGACUACAAGCCUCUUUCGAAAGAGGCUUUUUCAAAAGAUACUUUUGGAAAAGCCUCU